AUGUUACAGCGUGCCAUCAUCGUGCUCUUUGUGCUGAUUACUAGGGAUCGUAUUGGAUCUCUAGCAGGAACACCAGAAGAUUCGAGUCCAGUGAGCCAAUCGGAGGACCUGGAGACGCACUGCAACGUCCACUUUUUCACUAAGAUGAGGGCGGUGAUGGACUACGUUGCGGCCAACGACACGAGCACGGACCAGAAGCAGGUAAAUACAGAGCUGUCUGGACUGCACGCAUCUGUAAGGAAGAUCUCGGACGAGUUCGGGGAACGACUAGACAGGCUGGACAGCGAACUAGAAGUUAUCAAGGAGAUCCUGGCAAAGAACGAAACCUCUCUGGAGCCAGGGGCUGGGUCGACGGAGCAAGCUCCUCCAGCGAAGUUCGAGCUCAUAGGCUCAAGAUAUUUCUAUUACGAACGCAACAUUACGCUGAAUUGGUACGGUGCAGCACACGCAUGUCGUGAGAUGGGCGGCCACCUGGCGACCUUUAAGGACAAGGAAGAAAUGCUUUUAGUGCAAGCAAAAGUGUCUUUAUCAUCUCCAGUCUGGCUGGGAAUCAACUGUCUGUCUAAGAAGUACAACCAAAUGUCCCUGGCCUCUGGCAAGCCAGCUCGCUUUUUCAGUUGGUUACCAAAUGAACCAAUAAUCAACAACGAUAGCCAGAGGUGCGUCGCCUUGGAUGAACGCUAUCAAAUGGCAUAUCGCACUUGUCACAAUGUGAACAGAAACUUCAUUUGCCGAGCAGAUGAUGAGUUUUGA